AUGGCGGGCGGGAGCCUGCAGGGGGCGCUGUGCCGGCGGCAGCAGCAGCCGGCAGGGGGCGGCCGUAUGGCGGCGACGGCGCUCCGCCUGUGCCGCGCUGCGCGCCCGCUGCCGGCUGCUGCUGCCGCCGCGGCCCGAAACACGGCUCCAGCCCCGCGGCCGCCUCCGCGCCUCUCCGCCUCCUCCUCUUCCUCAUCCGCCUCCUCCUCUGCUUCCCGCCACUCUCCGCCGCAGCCCGUCAUGCAGGCCUUCCAGUACCCCGAGGUGUACCGCGACGAGACCGCCGUGUCGGAUUACCAUGGAUGUAAAAUCAGCGAUCCAUACUGCUGGCUUGAAGAUCCCGAUAGUGAACAGACGAAGGCAUUUGUGGAGGCUCAGAACAAGCUGACAGUACCCUUUCUCGAGCAGUGUCCUGUCAGAGGACUGUUCAAGGAGCGAAUGACAGAACUCUAUGAUUACCCUAAGUACAGCUGCCACUUCAAGAAAGGAAAAAGAUAUUUCCACUUCUACAAUACAGGGCUCCAGAAUCAGCGAGUUUUAUACGUACAAGACUCCUUGGAUGCCGAAGCCAAAGUUUUUCUUGAUCCAAAUAAGCUUUCUGAUGAUGGCACUGUGGCCUUACGAGGUUAUGCAUUCAGUGAAGAUGGUGAAUAUUUUGCAUAUGGCCUGAGUUCUAGUGGCUCUGAUUGGAUUACUAUCAAGUUUAUGAAAGUAGAAGGUCCUGAGGAUCUCCCAGAUACACUGGAGAGAGUUAAAUUCAGUUGCAUGGCAUGGACCCAUGAUGGAAAAGGCAUGUUCUAUAACUGCUACCCAGAACAAGAUGGGAAAAGUGAUGGCACUGAGACCUCCACUAAUCUUCAUCAAAAGCUGCAUUAUCACGUAUUAGGAACUAACCAGUCAGAAGAUAUCCUAUGUGCUGAAUUUCCUGAUGAACCAAAAUGGAUGGGUGGAGCUGAG